CAUUGCGACCGGUCUUGUCUUGAUGUUUGUGUACACCAUCGAGUUCUUAACGAUUUUUAUCCCGAUAAAAGUUGCAAGAUAUUGAAUGGCCAACAGUUAUGAUAUACCUAGCUGGGCUGGCAAACCGCCCACGGGGCUGCACUUGGACGUGCUUAAGGACGACAAACUGGUGCAAAAGCUAAUGGUGGAUGAUAAACGAUGCUAUUUAUUUGGUCGCAAUAGCCAAAUGAAUGAUUUCUGCAUUGACCACGCCUCCUGCUCACGAGUGCAUGCCGCCUUUGUUUACCACAAGCAUCUAAACAUUGCUUACCUCGUGGAUUUGGGCUCAACCCAUGGCACAUUUAUUGGCACCCUGCGGUUGGAGGCACAUAAGCCGACACAACUGCAGAUUAAUAGCACCUUUCAUUUUGGCGCAUCGACACGCAACUAUAUACUAAGAGAACGUCCGUCGGCCGGUGGUCAGCAUGCAAACAUCAUGGAGGAUCUGCCGUUGAGCGAAACAAGUGAUGGCGCUUUGCUGGGGCUGCCGGAAACCCAAACCGAAUUAGAUAACCUGACAGAGUACAAUACGGCACACAAUCGACGCAUUUCGAUGCUUGGUAUUGCCGACGAUAACAAUCUGCGCAAGCAGAAUGCCUUGAAGCAGGGCCGCAAACGUCGCAAUGUUACCUUCAACGAUGAGGAGAUUAUCAUCAAUCCUGAAGACGUUGAUCCCAGUGUGGGACGAUUUCGGAAUCUAGUGCAGACAACUGUUGUACCUGCCAAACGCUCCCGUUACGAGCCCAAUCACAUGGGAUUGCACACGGGCAGCGGCAGUAGCUCAAAUGCAGCGAGCAUACUCUCAGCGAGUCACCAAAUGUUCCAGCAGAGCAUAGUCGAAAUGAAGCAUCAGCAACAACAACAUCAGCAACUGCAACAGCAGCACCAUCAACAGCAUCAGUUGCCUGCGAUUCCCCAUUCGCCAUUGUAUCAGGGAUUACCGGCUAGCAACAGCGAUGCGGGAAAUCAACUGAAAAAUAAUGAAUUUGAACCCAUUUCACCGCUUGGAAUUAACUCCAAAUUAGGCCUAAUGCUGCCCAAUCCGGCACCCGACGUAACGCCUAUCUACGAGGAGCCACUUGUGCCUAGUUCAUCCAUAGCACAAAAAUUGGCCAUGGCCAAUGCGAAUGUGCGUCGCUUUGUGGACGAAGUGCAUGAUACUAGCGGCGAAAGUGACUCGAUGUGUCCACAAAAGAAGAAGUACGCCAAAGAAGCAUGGCCAGGUCGUAAGCCAAUGCUUGGACAGCUCUAAAAGCCCA